ACUCUUUCCUUCUCCUCCUUUGGCCGCCCGUCGUCGAUCUCUGCAACACUUUCCGGUGAUUUCUCCAUCUCAUCUCAAGUGAUAGUGAGAACCAUUUAAAUUCGUUGAAGAAACUCUCGUUUGUGAGCUUCCUUUGAUGCUAUGGGUGAUUUAGAGAAUUUGCUUUUGGAAGCUGCUGGGAGAACAAAUUCAGCAGGGAGGAGUCGCCAUCCUCCAUCAUCCAGGAGACGUGAGGGUUCUUACUCUGAUGGUAGUAGCGAUUCAAGGGAUGAUUCUGAUGAAGAUCGUGGCUAUGCGAGUAGGAAACCGUCUGGGUCUCAAGUACCUUUGAAGAAGAGAUUGGAGGCAGAGAGAGAAGAUCGAGCUGCUCGAGUUGAAGGUGGUUAUGGUGAUGGUACAUCUGAUCGUGAAGGUGACAGCAGCGAGGAGUCUGAUUUUGGGGAUGACCUUUAUAAGAACGAGGAAGACCGGCAGAAGCUUGCUGGAAUGACAGAGUUUCAGAGAGAGAUGAUUCUGGCUGAACGUGCUGAUAAGAAAGGUGAUAAGAACUUCACUGAGAAACUUAGGUCCAAGAGAGAAAAUGAGAAAACCCCUGUUUCUAAAAAGGAGACUCAGCCUCUUCCGGCCUCUCGUGGUGUGCGUUCAUCUGCUAGAUCUGCAGACAGAGCCGCUGCUAAGGAUGAUGCCCUGAACGAAUUGAGGGCAAAGCGUAUGAAGCAGCAGGACCCAGCGGCUCUCAGGAAACUGAGAGAUGCAUCAAAAGGUGGUUCAGGGAGUCGAGAUUUCUCAUCAAUGAAGAGGAAACCGUUAGCUUCCUCCAAUUUGAGUAGCUCCAGCCAAAGUGACAGUGAUAGUAGGUCUCAGAGUGAUGAUGAAGGCUCGAAUGCAGGAAUGCUAGACAGUGAUGAUGACAGGUCAGAUGUGCCUACGUUUGAGGAUGUUAAGGAAAUUACCAUCAGACGGUCUAAGCUUGCCAAAUGGCUAAUGGAGCCUUUCUUUGAAGAGCUUAUAGUUGGGUGCUUUGUGAGGGUUGGGAUCGGAAGGUCAAAGAGUGGUCCAAUUUACAGACUCUGCUGGGUGAAGAAUGUAGAUGCAACCGAUCCAGACAAGACUUACAAGCUAGAGAAUAAAACUACACACAAGUACCUUAACGUCGUCUGGGGAAAUGAAACCUCGGCGGCUCGAUGGCAAAUGGCUAUGAUCUCAGAUGGUCAUCCGCUUGAGGAAGAGUAUAGGCAAUGGAUCAGAGAGGUUGAGCGAACAAAUGGUCGCAUGCCCACAAAGCAAGAUAUAUCGGAGAAGAAAGAAGCGAUCCAAAGAAUAAACAGUUUCGUUUACUCUGCGGAAACUGUCAAACAGAUGUUGCAGGAGAAAAAAUCUGCCUCAGUCAGGCCAAUGAAUGUUGCGGCCGAGAAAGAUCGGCUUAGGAAAGAGUUGGAAAUUGCGCAGAGCAAAAACGAUGAAGCAGGUGUAGAGAGGAUCAAAACGAAAAUCAAACAGCUCGACGCUUCAAGGAACAAGAAAGGAGUAGAUAAAAAAGCGCUUAAACUUGCUGAGAUGAACAAGAAGAACAGAGCCGAGAAUUUCAAGAACGCAUCCGAGGUCAAAUCAAUAGCCGCUAGUCUCAAAGCCGGUGAAGCUGGGUAUGAUCCGUUUUCCAGGAGAUGGACCCGAUCAUCAAACUACUACAACGGGAAAAGCAAGGGGAAAGAUGGAGAAGAUAACGAGGCAGUGGUUGCAGCAGCUGUUGAAACCAAUGGCGCAGAUGCAGGAGCAGGUGUUGAAGCGACAGAAGCAGCUUUAGAAGCGGCUGCAGAGGCAGGAAAGCUAAUAGACACUAGAGCUCCAAUCGGUCAAGGAGCAGAACACAAUCAGCUUCAUAACUUUGAAUUGUCGUUAUCCCUAACGGCGUUACAGAAGUACGGAGGACCUCAAGGAGUACAGAAAGCAUUCAUGGCGAGGAAGCAAGUGACCGAAGCAACAGUGGGAUGCAGAGUCGCAGAGAACGAUGGCAAGAGACAUGGCCUUACUUUAACUGUUAGUGAUUACAAGAGAAGGAGAGGUCUUCUCUGAUUUCUGGAUUUUUUCAAGUCUCAGUGUUUCAUUAUCUUCUGAAAACUACAUCUUGGUUCUUCUCUUCACAUUUUUCUUUUGUACUCGCAAAAUAUGUUUAGCUCAAUUUGUUUUUUCUUGAAAUAUUUUUGUACUUGUUUUUGUGUGAACUCUCCUGAUUAGUGUAUGACUGCAUGAAAUUAGAAAAUCAAGUCUUUGCUACUCU